GGGGGAAAGUCGGUCAGUCGUUUCAUUCUUCCCGAGCGCCCCGCCACUACCCGUCCCACUCACGCAUUAUUAUUUUGAGCCAGCAAGGCUUUGAGUUCUUGUCUGGCUGGGACUACGUACGGGUUAUAUUAUUUUAUUACAGGGAGUGUUGUCAAAGUGCAGAGCUGUAUGGUGUUAUAGGGGAUCUUUUUUCAAACACGAGAGGCUGUUUGGUUGUCAAACGUGGCCCAUACGAUUAAAGAUCUAGUACAUUAAGUUCGAAAAAGUCGAGCAAGUGUUUGCCAUUCCUUCUCAGAGACGUGUGUUGGGGUGAAAAUUGUUCAAGUGCUGAUUUUCACGACUCGUGUUCAAGAAAUUGGCUGGAUAUCGUAACACGGCGCCAUAAUUUUAUUCGGUACUUUCCGGAUUUCAAAGCCGACAUACCUGUGUAGUGUGCGGAUUCCACACCCUCUUCAAAAACAAUUAUAAAGAUUUCAAGACCACUCUUCACUGCUGCCAUACAGACAGGCGACUCGAAACUACCUACGGUUGCCUAUGUCAUUUCUCUUUCUUGAUCAACACUAUCUGCCCCAGCUCUGUGUCCUAAAUCUGAAAUUGUGGAUGUGGCGAAUACGUCUUCUCAAGUUCCAGUUGGGCUGUAUUUCUACUUCGGCUAAAGCAGCCGGUAUUCGGAUUUUGUAGUAGAUCUAAACCAAUUUGGCAGUGACAGCUUCUUCGAUUAAUUUUCCUAGCUGCCAAAACCAGCCUUGUUACAACUCCUCACGUCGGAUGUCUACAUGUGUGUUAUCGCCCCUGGGGACGUAACCAGUCUGCAUCUGUAUGGUGGUGUCACUGGCGAACCUUCUUUCGACGGAACUAUUAUUCACAAUCAUUUAAUCUAAAAUCUUCGGAAAGACGAACUUCUUGUCGGCAAUUUUCUGGUGAUUCGAUACCGGUAUUCGCAGUUUUUUUAUACCAUGGCCUCGUGAGUCUUGGUUAUGAAGUGAUUUUCGUUCUAACCGAGAAGAUGUGUGUUCGUUGUCACUGAAUGUCACACAACACCAAAAAAUCGGAAACAUAGAAUACUGUUCGUAUCGAGAACAAAAUUACGACGUUCGAAAGAGACGGCAAGUUGGUCGUUCGAGGAUAGCCUUCGAGGAAAAGUUCGUCGUUUAAAAGUGUGCCUGGUGUCAUUUCGAGUCUGGGCUUCGAACACUUCCCUUCAGUCGACGCACAAAGUUGUGACGCAGCGUCAAGAGUCGAUCACCCCAUCGCUUGUCCAAGCCUCGGUGAUAAGGGAUUUUGCAUGAGUGUUAAGAAGUGAUAUUCACGUACGCUGGGCUUCCAUUUUAGGAUACGAAACAAUUUGUGUGAUUUGUUUUUCAGUGGACUAUCCCAGAAUGGCGGAUGAAGAAGGGGAGACGUUUUUACGUCGAGCCGAAGCAGGGGAUAACUCUAUGCUAAGCGCGUCGGUCAUCGAGCCCCCUGAGGAAGAGACUGAAAGUUCGUCAUCGAAAAGAGGGGAGACAGACGAGCCGACAGUGAAUGUCCGACAAGGUGGAACAUGGCGGUACUCGCAAGCCCUCAAGACGCUCUUACCUUUGCGCUGCUCAAAAUAUCCGGAGAAUGCGCUUCCUCUGGACAGCAUCGGGUUCUUGAGCUUCAUCACGUUCGCCUGGUUGACGCGCUAUAUGUGGCGGGUGUACAAGAGGGGCGUGGACGAGAUCAGGGGGCUGGAGAUGAGACACAAGGACAGCGCGGACGCCGGGGCUCGCAGGAUGGGUAAAUUCUGGCUUGAGGAAAUAACAGUGCAUGGUACAGAGGAGGCGUCUUUUGGCCGAGUGAUGUUCAGAGCCUUCAGAACGAGGAUUUUCAUUGGCCUUAUUGGCAUGGUCAUGCAGUCUCUUCUCGUGCUGGCCAUACCCAUUUUUGCCAUCCGCUACUUCCUGGACUAUCUCUCAGACGGGGAUGUCUCGGUGAGCUCAGGUAUUGGCUACGUCAUUGCACUGGCUCUCAUCAUCUUGUUGAAUGGUCUGGUCUCUGGGUUUAUCUGGAUGGUCAACUUCGAAGCAGCUGCAAGAAUCAAGUAUGGGUCCUUAGCCCUCCUUUACAAGAAAGUACUGCGUGUGAAGAACUUUCAGGAUAAAACUGUCGGUGAUCUUGUCAAUUUCAUCAGCAAUGACAGUCAGCGUAUUUGGGAUGCCAUUAUCAUGGGGCCCUUUGCCACUGGCGUGCCCGUUGUUCUGAUAUUGAGCUGUAUAUACAGCGUCAUACUGCUAGGACCAUGGGCUCUUGUUGGAUGGUUCUUAACUGUUGGAUUUUUCCCAUUUCUUGUAACGUGUGCCAAACUGGCCAUGAAGUAUAGAGAGAUCAGUAUAAAGCUCACAGACAAGAGGGUGGGUUUCACAAAUGAACUGCUCACCUGCAUUAAAUUUGUCAAAAUGUAUGCAUGGGAAGAAUGUUUCGGUCAAAAAAUCAAAGAUGUUCGAGCUGGUGAGGAGAAAAUUCUUCGGAAAAGUGUAUUCCUUCAGAGUGUGACCAUGGGAUCUUCCAUGCUGAUUCCUAUCUUUGCCAGUUGCGUGACGUUCAUUGCUUAUGUGGCCACCGGGAACAAUCUUACACCCUCCAAGGCCUUUACAUAUGUGUCUUUGAUGAAUGCCAUGCAGGGGGCUCUCACUGCCCUACCUUUUGCCCUCAAGUCACUAUCUGAGGUCACAGUGACAGUCGCAAGGAUGAAAGAAAUUCUGUUGCUUGAUGAAGUUGUUGAAAAUAGCCAACCCUUGCUGGAUGAUUCUAAUGCUUUGGAAGUUAUGAAUGCGAACUGCACCUGGAGUGUCAGAAAGACUGGAGAGGUAGCACAAGAUACAAUCAAAGAACCAAAAAAGAAGCAGAAGAACAAGAAGAAAGCUGCAACAGAAGAAGAGCUGGCCAUGACAGAUGACCUUAACAAGGAGAGCGGUGGUCAAAUCUACACAGCCCCUGUCCUGCGCAACAUCACAUUCACUUUGAAGAAAGGAGAGCUGCUAGGCAUCUGUGGACAUGUUGGAUGUGGCAAGAGUUCUCUCAUAACAGCUCUCCUUGGACGGAUGGAUGUUUCUUCGGGCACUAUUGCCAUGACAGGGUCUGUGGCUUAUGUGUCACAACAAGCCUGGAUCACGAAUGACUCUGUGAAGAACAACAUACUGUUUGGAAAUGACUAUGAUGAAGACAGAUACAAAAGUGUGAUUGAAGCCUGUGCUCUAAAACAAGAUAUUGAUUCUUUGGCUGCUGGAGAUGAAUCUGAGGUGGGAGAGCGCGGAGCUACCCUUAGCGGAGGUCAGAAACAACGCAUCUCUCUCGCCCGAGCUGCCUACAGCAAAUGUGAUUUGAUUUUUUUGGAUGAUCCUUUGUCGUCUGUGGAUGUUCACAUUGGUCAACAUUUAUUUGAACAUUGCAUUAUGGGCUUGAUGAAAGGCAGCACAGUGGUGCUAGUCACUCACCAGUUACAGUAUCUGAAACACUGUACAUCUGUCUUGGUGAUGAAAGAAGGAAAAGUUGUGGAGCAAGGACCUCAUUCAGAACUGAUGUCUGUGAAUGGAGAAUAUGCCAGUCUUCUGAACCUCUACAAUCAAGAGAAGAAAAGAAAGACCACAAACUCUAGGUCUGAAAGUUCAAAUAGAGAUCGCAGCUCAGAAUCUGAACCUCUGUCAUCGGAUCCUCAGGACAGCAGCUUAGAUCAUACUGGCAGUAAUGGUGAUGCAGGUCUCAGCAGUCCAGAUGUCAGUUUGUCUUUAAACUUCAUGGAAGAGCUAACAAAGAAAGACACUGAUCCCUUUUUGUCCCAGAAAUAUGAACAGGAACAAGAGUUCGAAGGUCAACUGACAGAGCAAGAGGAAAUGGAGAGUGGGUCUCUGAGAUGGCCAGUCAUCCGUCAGUACAUUCAGGCCUCUGGGGGCUUUGUUUGGUUCUUGUGUGUGCUUUUGUUUUUCUCUCUACCUGUGGCUGGAGUCACCACGGCAGGCUGGUACCUGACCUAUUGGCUGGAACAAGGUGGUGGGGAUUCGAACAUGACCAUGGGCAAUAUCACCCUGCCAAGUAUGAGAGUUGUAGAUCACCCUGACAAGAAUACAUAUCUCGGCAUUUAUGCCAGUUUCAUUCCACUGCUCAUUGUUCUCAUGUUGAUGCGUUCUUUAUUACUCACAAAGACUGUACUCAAAGCUGCCACAUGUUUACACAACAAGGCUUUCACCAAAGUACUUCGCUGCCCCAUGCCAUUCUUUGACUCAACUCCACUGGGGCGAAUUGUCAAUCGAUUUUCAGCUGAUCUGGAUGAAAUUGAUAUGCGUCUCCCGAUGAAUGCAGAAAUCUUUCUCACCAACAUCCUCCAAGUAAUAGCUGGCCUGGCUAUGAUUGCAUAUGUGUCUCCCUGGUUCCUCAUAGCCCUUGUCCCCUUUGGUGCCCUGUUCUUCUUCCUCAUGGUAUUAUUCCAUACGUGUGUCACAGUCAUGAAGCGAUUCGACAAUGUUAGUAGGUCGCCUGUCAUCAGCCACAUGGGAGCUUCAUUUCAGGGAGUGGCCACAAUACAGGCUUAUCAGAGAACAGACCAGUUCAUUCAGAAACACUGUGAUUUGCUCAACGACAACUCUGUCCCUGUAUUUCUGUUCUACGCGGCCAACCGCUGGCUGGCUGUGCGCAUGGAUGUGCUUAGUGCUGCUAUCGCUUUCAUUACUGGACUUCUGGUCUUGUUGACAUUUGAGCAUUUGAACACUGCACUGGCUGGACUUGCCAUUUCGUAUAGUGUACAGAUGUCUGGAUUGUUCCAGUUUACAGCUCGGCUGUUCAUUGAAACAGAGGCUAGAUUUACCUCUGUUCAGAGGAUAUUGAAGUAUUGCAAUUUGACCAGACAAGAGCCGACACUCCCUGAAGCAGACACCUUGGACAAGUGGCCAUCAGAAGGUCAUGUUGAGUUCGACUGUGUCAAGAUGAAGUACAGAGACAACCUACCUCUAGCCUUGAAUGAUGUCACUUUCAGCGCUGCUCCACAUGAGAAAAUUGGCAUUGUAGGACGCACUGCUGCGGGUAAAUCAUCUCUUGCUGUGGCCAUGUUCAGAUUGGUGGAACUUGAUCAGGGCCAUAUAUAUGUCGAUGAUGUUGACAUUUCUAACAUAGAUCUGACGAUUCUACGAUCCAAAAUCUCCAUCAUUCCCCAGGAUCCCGUUCUAUUUUCUGGUACCCUGAGAUAUAACCUGGACCCAUUUCAACAAUUCUGUGAUGCAGACAUUUGGCAAGCUCUUUCCAAAUGUCAUAUUGAAGACAUGGUGAAGAGUUUCGAACACCAGCUGAGCACAAGUGUUGAGGAAGCUGGAGGAAAUUUUUCUCUGGGAGAACGACAACUUUUGUGCAUGGCUCGGGCUCUACUGAGGAACAGCAAAGUUCUGAUUUUAGAUGAGGCAACAGCUGCUAUUGAUACAGAAACAGAUGCCCUCAUCCAGUGCACAUUGAAGGAAGCUUUCAGUGAAUGCACCAUGCUGAUAAUUGCCCACAGGUUAAACACUGUGACAAGCUGUGAUAAGAUCCUGGUCAUGAAGAAUGGAAAGGUUCAAGAAUUCAACACUCCGUCUAAGCUUCUGGCUGAUCCACACUCAGAGUUCAGGUCAAUGUUAGAAGCUGCCGAGGAUCUGGAUUGAUUGCUGAGAAAAUUGUCUUGGACUUUGAAACGACUGCUGUGUGUUAGUUGUGCAUGAAUGAGUGUAAGAGCUUGGACCAUGUAGCUUGAUGAACAUAUUCUAAAGGAUAAAUCUCUAAUUUCUCUGCAUUUCUUGGCAUGAAUGAGUGUUUGUAUUUAUGAAUGCAUGGGCACAUGUGCAGUGAACAUGUUUUUGUGAAUACGUCGGUGAGUGCAAAUGCUGGAUUUUUUAAGGAUGAAUAACUGACUGUGAGCAAAUGCUUUUGUUGUGUGUUGAGUAUACAUUCAUGAAUGUUGGCAUGUGUGUGUGUGCGCAUAAGUUUUUGUAAGGUGUACAUGAUAUUUAUGACCAUGUGCAUAUCUGUAUUAUGUAGAUCUUUUUUAUACAUCUGUGACAUGGAGGCUAUUUGUGUGUACAGUUGUCAGGUUUUUGUAAUUUUUAUUUGUUGUCAUUGAAAACAAUAUCCAGAUAAGAAUAGUGUGUCAAUCACUGAACAUUACCGGUAUCUUCUUAGUUUUGUUAGCAUUUGUUGUAAGCUCAGUAAAAUAUUUUCAAGGACUGACUUGUAUUGUUUGUCCUGUCGUGACAAGGGAAUGUAAGACGCAUUGAUGCAUUUCAAAGUCCUGGUGACGAAAAUCAUGUUGAAGACAGGAAGAUCAAAUUAUUGAUAAACUUUCUUAAUUUGCAGAGUUACACAAGUGACACAAGUGAGAUGCCAUUCCUAUCAUAUUCUUUGCUUGCUGGAAAUAUAAACUUGGAAGAGUUUGAAGUAGCUGAGUGAAAGUUGUAUGUUGUUAUUUAUCCAAUGGAAGAUGCGUACACUUUAUUCAUAGGGUUUUGGGGGCUUUUUUUUUUCUAUAGAGAGAAAUCCGGUGAAUCAUCAUCAACUAGUGUUUUACUUAAAUGUCUUUUACUGUGUUUUUUAGAUAAGUGUUGAUUGGAUCAGUAUUAUAGCAGAUGGAAAAAUAUUGAACACACUGAUGGUCUAAGCAUUAUGUAACUACUGCAUUUCUCUGAUAUAUGAAGUAAGCAUUUUUUUUCUACACAAGCUUCACAGCUUUUCCAUGAAGCUCACUUAUUUCUUCAGCUUUCUAAAUUGUAAGAAUGUUUUUAAAAAAUAAUAAGGAAACUUUAGGGGGGUUGUAUCUGACUCAGAGGGAAAGAGGGAAGAUAGCUUCUAUGAAGUAAACAAGUUUUUUUUCCCCUUGAAGCACUGUUUAAGCUGACUCAUGAUAAAGGCAUUAACCUAUGUUUUAGUUUAUAGAUAUAGCAUAAUGUGAUCUUUAAGCAGAUCUAGAAUACCAUGCUAUAUGAUUAAUAAACAAGAUCUCAUUUUUCAUUACGUGUUUAUUGUUGAACCUCAUUUCAUCUUCAUGUACUUAGAUUAUGUAUAUCUUUACCACAUGCUGAUGGCAGCAAUGUAGCAAAGUGAAGCAGUCAUAUGUCAUGUUUGAUCAACACCUUUACAAGUGAAACAGUACUACCGGUAAGCGGCUCUGAUUGUACUAUAUAAUAUAAAUAUUGCACAUAGUUUUAUCCAUUUUUAAUUAAAUGAAAGAAGCGUAUGUACCCCAAGUUCCAACAAGCAGUUUUAAUUUACUUUUCUGUUUGUUGUAUGCAUUAUUUAUAUUUUUCAUGCAUAAUACAUAAUGCUAAGAAUAAUUACUGUCAUAUUGAUAGCUGACCUCUUAAAAAGUAUCUUCAACUGUCAUUAAAAUUCCAUAAUCAUUGGCAUUUACAGUCCCAUGCAUGAAAUAUUCUUGUUCAGCUCAUGAAUGUGACUAAAUUGGUAUGUAUGUUCUAUCAUGCUCAUCUCAUUGAUUUUUAAUGUUAUAUUAUUAUAUACAAGAAAACUAUGCAUGCAAGUGAAAGCUCUGCAAGACAUUCCGUUUGUGAAAACAUUUCAAACCAAUAAAAUCUUUACUGGUAGGCCCUAUAGAUAAACUUCAGAAAUGUAUUUACAAUUUGUUUCAUUCACAAAACUUGCUCAUGACUUUAACAGUAUUUUAAGAGGUUAGAUGGAUGCACUGAAUGGGACAAAAUUAGACUUUCCAAACUUUUAGUUAAGCCUGCCUGUCUGUCUGUUGCCCUAUUUUGAUUUCGUUGAAAUAUAACAAAGUAAAAAUCUUGACCUAAAAUCUCCCAGAUUUUAUGCAUGUAUUUUUAGCAGUCAAAAACAUCUGUUCAUGAUACUGAAAUAUGCUUAUCACAUCACUUCAGUACUGGUAUAUUAUUCUUUCAAAACUCUUACAUUUUUUGUUGUUGCUUUUUUUACCAUACAACUGAAGUGAUAGAUAGACCUUUAUUUCUUUUUAUGCAUAAACCAGGAUUUGAACUGAGUAAACAUUAUUUUUUUGUUCACAUAUAUGCUUUUCAUAUUGAAUGUUGUUGACCUUUGCAUUUAUUUCUAUGCAGUUGUUUACUCACUUCACACACUCAGUAUGCACGAGCUGUUUAUGCAAGAAGCUUCUAUAGUAGUAUGCAUCAUUUUAGUGUAGUCUAAUCCUUUAGUCGGAAUAAAUCUUAAAGAAAAGUUAUCAAAUAAAAAUUCAGGAACUCAGAAGACCAACAUUUGUGGUACCACAGUUAAGCACUUCACCAUCCCACAUAAGAGACCUGAGUUCAAUUCCCAAAUGAUGAAAAUUUUUGUCAAGUAUCUCCAUCUUUCUGCUGUUAUGUUCUAUCCCCCUCAGCCCAGGCUGGCCCUGACUGGCAAAGUGGAACCCACCUCCUAAAAGAUCUAAAUUGUGCUGAUGGGGGUGUAAAACACUUAACAUGUUUGUUUUUUUCGUUUAAAAAAACUCAAGAUAGCUUUUUCUCUAAUGACCACAACAGAUUGAGGAAGGGGUGUACCAUUUGUCAGUAACUUUAUUUUCUAAAGUCUCAGCACUUAAUUUUUCUGCAGCUGAUUUCACAUCUAGCGUCCCAUUUUAUUGAAUAGCUAUCAUUUGCCAGUUGGCUUGGUUCUUGUCUCUGAGCAGGGUGAUUACUAGUUUGUUAGAAGCAUUUAGUAGCAAUUUAAUUCCUUAUGAACACAUAUUUGAAUCUUGAUUUUUUUUUUUUCCUUUUAAUGAUAAUGAUUUUAGGGAUUGUUUUGUUCAGCUAUAAACCCAUCUUGCCUCCUUCAGUUUUAGCUGCAAAGAAAUCCUCUUUAUCUUAUCAUAUUUCACAAUUUUUCAUCUCUGAAUAUUAUGACAAAUGAGUUGAUAUUAAUCACCUUCAUCCUUACAUUCAUAGUACCAACCGUAAUAAUACUAAGAAGAUGACAGUAUAAGAUAAGAAAUAGCAAUAAUAAUCUAAUGUGCACAAUAAGUGAAAAGAAGAAAAACUAGAGGCAAAAGAAUGAUGAGAUGAAGGGACAGAGUGAAAAGCAGAGGCCUCUGGGGAGGUGGUAGACAAUAAUUUUAAAAUCAUAUUUCAAAUUUAUUAUUAUAUAUUUGUAAUUGCUCGCGAAGGUUCUUAGUCGUUAAGGACAUGGAAUGCAGUUCCUUAGAUAUUUUGCUAUUUCUCGUCAGUUCAUGUAGUCGUAUAGUGGGCAACAUUCAUGAAACUCUGGAAUGAAAGAACAAAUGAGUGAGCUUCUUUCCUAAGUUCAUCUUUCUUUUUCAGCUUAUGGUUUUACUUCAUUCAAAGCCUAAUUAAAGAAGAGAAAGCAACCAGAUGUUAUCACGAGUAGCUAUGAAUGCAGGUUUAAUGAAAUGGACUACAUUUUCAUGUUUUGGCUAUAUUUGGACGCCAAUAAUUGGUUUGUUCGAAUGGAGAGCAUCUAUCAAUUGUGCAUACAUGUACUUCACAUUGUAAUAGAGCAUUCUCCAAAUGAAAGUUGUUUGUAAGCCUAAUGAUCAGUUUUUUUGCCACCUUCUACUUCUAUGUGAGUCACUGCAAUCUGUUCUUUGCCAUCAUAUCUUUAAACAAACUUGCGUACAUCAAUUACAUUCAUACAUUAUCAAUACAUAAACUAAGUUUUUCCAGUUUUUCUAUACGCGUGAAAAUUUCAUUUUGAAGUAUUGUGCUUUGUGUACUAUUUUUUUUCUUUUGACUUUACUAUUUCUUACAAUCAUUUUCCUUUCAUGAAAAUGUUAAUUGCUCCAUGCAAAUGCUUUAUUUUUUAUGUACUGUUUGUUAUUAUUUUUUACUGCAAUAUAAACAAGGUGACAACAUUGUGACUAUAUCAACAGCUAUACGGAGAUCAAAUUCUCACCCAUUGCAUCACACAUGAGCCAUUUUAUGCAUUCCUCAGCAUUGUGCCUUCUUAUAAAUGAACAUUUUCACACUCAUAGUACGUCGAUACUCAGUGCAAUUUAAUACAGUGCUUUAUGCAUUUUUUAAAAACC